AUGAAGAGAAAAUAUGAAGGCUCUGUUAGAGUGAAACGUGCACAGCUUCAAGCCUUGAGGAGAGAUUUUGAGACACUGGCUAUGAAGGAUGGAGAAUCUGUGACAACCUAUUUUGCAAGAACAAUGGAGAUUAGUAACAAGAUGCGGUUCCAUGGCGAAAAGAUGACAGAUGUCACUAUUGUUGAGAAGAUUUUGCGCUCCCUAACAACAAAUUUCAAUUAUGUUGUUUGCUCAAUUGAAGAGUCAAAAGACAUAGAUGUGUUGUCUAUUGAUGAAUUGCAAAGCUCCUUGUUGGUUCAUGAACAGAAAAUACAUAGAAGCUCUACCACAGAGGAGUGA